UGCCGCUGGGGGCUGCUUCCCCCCCGCCUCCCCAUCUCUCCUGUGAUAGCAGCAGAUGUGAGGAAGGCCGUUGGUGCCCGGCCAGCUCCACGCUGAGCUUGGGGCCCCGCUGCCCCAGCCUGCCCCGCGCCGUGCGGCCUUGGCAGCCGGGAUCGGGCCCGGCUCCUCCUCCGGCCGCCCCGUGACGGUCCCAGGGGUGACAUUACCUGCCCAACCUGCGCCGCCGCCGCCGCUCCCACCCCUGGAGUCAGCCGGCCUGGGCCUCGCUGCUCCGCCGGCACCGCCCGCCCGCGUCGCCUUCGCUCCCCGAGCCCGCUCGUUCCUGGGACCCCGCUCCCGCAGCACCACCGAGGAGACUUUGCCCCCCGCAUCGCCUCACCGCAGCCCGCCCCGCUCCGUGCUCUGUGGAGGGAAGGAGGAAACCUCGGGCAGAGGGCAGGAGGAAACCGGGUGGUGCGGGCGGCAGCUGGGAGACAUGGGCAGCGCCGAGGAGGACUACAACUUCGUCUUCAAGGUGGUUCUGAUUGGGGAGUCCGGGGUGGGCAAAACCAACCUGCUGUCCCGCUUCACCCGCAACGAGUUCAACCACGACAGCCGCACCACCAUCGGCGUGGAGUUCUCCACCCGCACCGUCCUGGUGGGAGACGCCGCCGUGAAGGCGCAGAUCUGGGACACGGCCGGGCUGGAGCGGUACCGCGCCAUCACCUCCGCGUACUACCGUGGGGCUGUGGGCGCUCUGGUCGUCUUCGACAUCACCAAGCACCAGACGUACGACGUGGUGGAGCGCUGGCUGAAGGAGCUGUACGACCACGCCGAGGCCAGCAUCGUGGUCAUGCUGGUGGGCAACAAGAGCGACCUGGCACAGGCGCGGGAGGUGCCCAUGGAGGAGGCAAAAAUGUUCGCAGAGAACAACGGGCUGCUCUUCAUUGAGACGUCGGCGCUGGACUCCACCAACGUCGAGCAGGCGUUCGAGACCGUCCUGAAGGGUGGGUGCCGGCGCUGGGGAUGUGGGGCCGGGAUGGGCGGGGGAUGCUCCGCGUCUCUCCCCCGCCCUGCCCCACCUGAGCUCCCUGCCUGGUUUCGGUGCUGUCUUUCUGGCUGGUUGGGUUUCCGGAGCUUUGUGCUGGGCGUUCCGCUCUGGUUUCGUUGCCGGGGCCCCGGGCGGCCCCGUGGGGCCUCGUCCCCCUGUAAUCCACGGUCCCGGUCCGGAUGCACCGCGGAGAGCUCCUGACUCAGUGUGUGCAGCACGCUGCGGA